AUGCCAGAUGAGGUCCAACUAUUCAGGCGUGUCAUCUACAACUACCUCAAGGCGAAGAUCUACCGCCGAACAUCACGCCUCCCGCUACAUACAGCAGCAGAGCGCCAAAUAUGCCCUGACGUCUGCCAGAAUGUUAUAGAUAGCGCAAAGGAUAUGUUCAACAUGCGGUCAUGCAUCCGUGGCACAUGGUCCACAUUCUCUUCGAUACCGCAGUCAUUUUGCUUGAUGCUUGUUGGCAAUAUCGCUCCCAGCUUUUGUUGA